ACUUGCUGUAUUGCACGGGAUCCAGUCUGUGUGUCUGUGGCAGGCUACUCCACUCGCUGCUACACCUGCAGUAUGGCUCUCAGUGACUCCCCCUGUAAGCAGGAUGUCAACUGCAGCGGAGCAACGCCAUUCUGUGGAACAAACAAAAUCAAUGGCGUCGUUAUGACGUAUAUCAGCAAGUUCUGCUCCGCCGCCUGCAUUACAGCGUCCGGUAAUUUCACCGUAGUGUCAGUCACAGAAAGCUGCUGCAAGUCAGACCUGUGCAACAACGAGACGAUCGGAGAUGUCAACAGCAUAAUCCUUUGGAGCGGCAGCAGCGGUCUGACAGGCGGCGCCUUCCUGCUGGUCGCCAUCAGCGGUCUCCUGAGCGCCAUUUUUGCCAUGUAAAUGUAACAAUGGGGAUGAACAGAUCCGGGGACAAUGUUUCCUAACAGAAUAUAUGAGAAUUCAUCUGUACAGGAGGAGGCGAGG